CACCUGGCUCGCUUCGAGUUCAGCGAUCAUGGCACCAAGAUCUUGAUGGUCGAGUGGUAUCCUGGCGCCGCCCCCACCCUGUCCGGUCAAGAUACGACGACAACGACUCCUAGCGUCGACGUCGUCUCCAGCGAUAAGGCCCAUGGCGGCGCCGUCAACAGAGCCUCAGGUGACGACCACGACGACAAUGCAUCAGCCGCGCCAGCCCGCGCGCCCCCUGGCCCCGCCGUCGUCGACGCUGCCGCAUGGGAGGUCUCGUGGGCCGGCAAGUCGACCUUCCUCCCCGCCAGGGACACCGACGACGAGGACGACGCCAGGCGUCGCGUCUACUUCAUGCUGCCCCCCGACGCCCCCGUGCCAGCAACCGUGACCGUCUCCUGCCCCGGCCGCCCCAGCAUCGUGCUCAAGCCGCUGCCCGCCAUCUUCCCCGAGCACUUCCACGUCGAGUCCGGGCCCCGGGGCGUCCUGCACACGAUAUGGGCCAAGAAGCGCCUGCGGGAGCUCGAGCUCGAGAUGGAGGCCGAGCUGAGGGCCAACGCCGAGAGCGUCGGCCUCGAGAUGGCGCUGGCGGAGAAGCAGUGGAUCGUCGACAACUUCCUGCGCGCUCCUCCCUCGUCUCCUCCCGCGAGCAGCAGUAAUACUACUAGUAGCAGCAACAGCGCCGCGGCCGCCACGUCUCCCCGCUCCCCCGUCUCUGGACGCCUUGGCGAUAAGCUCAAGGGCUUGCGCCUGGCCACGUCGCCGGCAGACUUGGUGCCGAGCCCAGCAGGUAAGCCAUCUGAUUACUCGUCUCAUCCAACCCCCAUCAUGCCCAUCCCACUCCUGAUAGCGCUUCGCCUCGCCUCGCCCGCUCAGUCUCGGACUAAUACAAUGACAAACACCUUCACCAGUCCCGACAGCCAGUCCCACAUGCUGUCCCCCCUUGGAGGUGACAUUGCCGUGUCAUCCUUCUCGGCCAUUUCGCGCAGCCGCCCAACCGGCCCGAUGUCCCUCGAUGCUGCCCUGAGCGGCGGCACAGCACCCUCGCAGCCUGACGCGCAGGAUGCCGAGGAUGGCCUGUUUGCCCUGCCCAUGAGCCCUCGAAGCCCGGACAUGAUCAAGAGUCCCUUUAGCGCCCUAGGCGUGGGCCUCUAA